CAAGUACACUUUUCUCUCGUAAGCGUUUGGUUUUCGAGAAAGUGCGGGUCGGGAAAAUUUUCAAACCUUUUAUUUUCUCGAGAAAAAGAAACCCUAACCUCUUGAUGUACCGUCAGAGUAGUAGUCCUCUUCCAUUUGCUUAACGCCGUCGCUGUAUCUCCCGAAGAUAAGAUGCAGUCGGAACCGGCGAUCUGACCGGCGAGAAAAUUCCACCACUCCUAAGAUCGGAAUCUCCUCUCUCCGUUGACUCGGGAAUGGAGCAAUAUGCCCAGCAUGGACAGAGAAGGGAUAUGAAGCACAAAGGAAGGAACGUGGUAUGGUCAAUCGCAAUGGACAAGUGCCUUAUUGAAGCCCUUGCUGUUCAAGCUAAAAACGGGAACAAAAUUGACAAAUGUUUUAAUGAAAAUGCUUACACUGCUGCUUGUAUUGCUGUGAACUCUCGCUUUAACUUGAACUUAAAUAAUCAAAAAGUUGUUAAUAGACUUAAGACAAUUAAGAAGAGGUAUAAGAUAAUGAAGGAUAUGCUAAGUCAGGAUGGAUUCAGGUGGAAUCCACAUACAAAGAUGAUUGAGUGCGACAACGAUGAUCUUUGGAAGAGAUAUAUUGCAGCACACCCUGAUGCAAGAGGAUUUCGAGGUAAACAGAUAGAGAUGUAUGAUGAACUAAAAAUUGUUUGUGGAAAUUACCAAGCCCCUAGUCGCUGGGCCAAGAUGAAGGAUGGAAACCAUCCAACAGAGAUAAAGAAUUGUGAUUAUGACUCUGCCUCAUAUCUUUCCCCAAGUUCAGAAGACCUGAGUGAGACGGAUGGGACAGAAUCAUUUACUGGAACGCCAGAGUAUGCUCAGAUGCCAGAUGGUACUCAAGAUCCUCUGAUCCAGCCUGUCAGACAACUUCCAAAACGCUCUCGUGGCUCAGAUGCACUCCAGGAUGCAAUGCUGGCAGUAGCAUCAAGCAUUCGGCGCUUGGCUGAUGCAAUGGAGCGAAGCAAAUGUUCAAUUGAUGCCCAUGAGCUACUACAGGCAGUGAUGGAGAUCGAUGGCUUAGAAGAGGCCAAACAGAUGUAUGCUUUUGAGUAUUUGAAUGCGGACCCUGUCAAAGCCAGAACCUUCUUGACAUACAAUGCUCGAAUGAGGAAGAUAUAUUUGUUUCGACAGUUCUGGUGGUGGAAAUGAUUGUAGAGCCGAGUCUUGCAGCAUUUUGGGUAUAUAGCGUAUGAUUUUGUGGCUGUCUUCUGGAUAUUUGCAUUGUUUAAAACAUCUGUUGUGGAUGUUUUGUCUGGUGAAUGUGUAGAUAUUAGACAUUCACAUGGUGAAUAUAACUGGCUAGAAGCUGGGUUGAAAAGGAAAUUUUGGCUUCCCUUGAUGCCUUGUUUGGAAGCGUGUAGUAGGCUUGAGAAGAUUUAUUUUCUUGGUUUUACAUCUGUAAGAGGUCAGGUACUCCCUUGUGUUUUUUUCUAAAUUUGGAAAUAGUUGGUGGAAUUCUCUCUUUCA